AUGUAUGUGAGGUCAUUUUUCUUAGUUGGAAUUUUGACGCCUGUAUGGGGCUUUAGUUUUUGGUCUGUAAUUAAGAGUAUAUUGCCUCCUGAUGAUGAGUUAUCGGAUGUAAAGUUAUUAUCUGGUGAUGUAUCGUAUAUUGGUUAUAAUAUUAAACGAAGUCACGUCCGGUUAUUAAAAUCUGCUAAAGAGAAACGAGGAGAGACUCUGGUGGUCAAAGGCGAAUGUUCAGAUUAUCUCGAACCAUAUAAGUAUUUAUUGAAUAUAUCUAUUAGUAUAGAAGUUGAGAUACUGGAUGUAAAUGAUCCCCCUAAAUUCAUCAACUUACCAUCCACAACUAAUGUUUUUGAGAAUGUAUCUACUGGAAGUACGAUAUUUACCAUUGACGCUCAAAACCCUGAUGAUGUUUAUCCAGAAUUUACAAAGAACAAAUUUACAUUGCUGAGCAUUGGUUCUUUAGAUAAACCACAACUAUCAUUAGGGGAAUGGUUUUCUGUUGAUAAUGAUGGAAACGUAAAACUUAAUCAUGAUGUAGAUUAUGAAGAUGGACCAAGAGAAAUUAGGAUUGUUUUCAAGGUUGAGGAUUAUGGAAGUCCUCCAAGAAGAAAUGUGUCAACACUGCUGGUAACAGUUGAUGAUGUGGAUGAUCUUGGUCCAAAAUUCUCAAGAGAUGUGGUGACAUUUGCUAUAAUCGGUGAAAAACCAAUAACGGUGAAGGAGUGUUCUGUAACCUCGCCAAAACUUUAUGCCGAAGAUCAAGAUGCUAAAUCUAAAGCACCGAUUGCCUAUAAACUUAUACAUGAUAAUAAUAACACUAAUCAUUGGUCUAAAUACUUUACUGUCAAUGAAGAAACGGGAGAACUGUGUCAAACUGAGACAGUCAAGUUUACUCUGUCUAAACGUGGAGAUCAAACAGUACAAGAAGGUCCUGGAGAAUUCAACAUCAGUGUCCAGGCAUACCAGAAAGACAAUCCAGAGAAAUCAUGUACAGCUACUAUUGUUGUCACUAUGAAGAACGUUAAUCAAUAUAAACCAACAUUUAAACAGACUAAAUACGAUGUAAUGAUACGAGAAUAUCCAGAGAUAAGUUUAGGUAGUCCUGUAGUCACUGUAGAAGCUGAAGAUCACGACUAUGGACGAAAUGGUGAAAUAGAAUACCGCCUGUCUGUAAACCCGCUAGAUGGAUUUUCAGUAGAUACGAAAACUGGAGAAAUUAAGGUUCAAAAGCCAGAAGUGAUUGACCGAGAAAAUAAUUCUACCAUUACGUUGAAGGUUAGUGCAGUAGAAACAAGAAGUCAUGAUUUGUUUGUCAGUGUACCAGAAGCUGAAAUAACCAUACAUGUUGUUGAUGUUAAUGAUAACUCACCAGUGUUCAAUGGAUCUGAUUUUAAUUUUACUGUGAAAGAUAACCAUCCUGUAGGGACACCCAUACAUGAGUUCGACAAAAGAUUGGUAGCUGAUGAUCCAGAUGAGGAUGAAAAUGGUGAUGUCCAUUUAACAAUAGUUAGUGUACAGAAUACACUUGGAACCUUCUCCUGGAAUGACUUCCAGAGAUUUAGGAUAAACGAUGAAGGAGUAAUAAUACUACAGAGUAGUUUACAAGGUUUAAGACGAGAACAAAUUCUACCAGAAUAUGUAGUGGUUGUUCAAGCUCAAGAUCAGUGUCUUAAUGAAAAGCGACAAAGGAGCAAUACAACUCGAGUAUAUAUUAAAGUAUUAGAAGCCAAUGAUUACCCUCCUGUAUUUGAGAAGAAAUCUUAUAAAGUAGCCAUUAGUGAGGCAGCACCUCUUGGCACCCUUAUUAAUGAAAUUAAGGUAACAGAUCAAGAUGGCGACGAGGAUAUGUUUAUAUCCUAUAAUAUUACUGAUGGUAAUGAUGAUCAAACAUUUAGGAUCACAGAAAAAGGUUUCCUAUUUACAAAUAAAGCACUAGAUAGAGAACUUAUUGACUCAUAUAAUAUAGUUGUAACAGCUUCUGAUGGUAUUCACAAAGUUAACACGUCUAUCUCUGUCAGAGUAAAAGAUACUAAUGACAACCAGCCGGUAUUUCAAACUAGUAUAUUUGAUUUUACAAUACCAGAAAAUGUAAAUAGUGGAUAUGAUAUAGGAUAUAUCGGUGCUAGUGAUGCUGAUGAUGGCCCCAAUGGUCAACUGUUCUACACUUUGUUAGGAGAACACGCAGAUAUUUUCCACAUCUCAGAUGAUGGGUACCUUUCGAUCUCAAGUCCUAGUUUGAUAUUUGACAGAGAGAAAACAGAAGUGUUAAUUCUUCAAAUAGGAGUGGAAGACCUGGGACAGCCUCCACAAAAGGAAGAGGCAGUAGUAAGAAUAUAUUUGGAGGACGUGAAUGAUAAUGCUCCAGUAUUUACCAGGCAGAGAUACCACGUAAAAAUUCCAGAAUCGAAUUUAGGAUCACAGUACAUAAUAAAUAAACCAGUAACUCUGGAUGAUAUUAUAAGCAUCAUAGAUGAUGACGUUGACCAGGAGAACCAUGAUGUAGUCUAUAGUUUACAUGGACUUGGUCAUGAAGAGUUCAACAUCGACAGCACGACUGGUAAACUAUAUAUUAGAAACACUAGUUCAAUUGAUUGUGAACGACGAUCCUUCUACAAUCUAACGGUCACAGCGAAUGAUGGUCAGUUUACCACAUCUGUUCCUUUGAUCUUGGAGAUAGAAGAUCAAAACGACAAUAGUCCAAAAUUUACAAAUAGCAUGAUUUUUAAAAUUAAUCCUGAUAGACCGAUUGGGAGCCUUGUUGGACGUUUAGAAGCUUCUGAUGAUGAUGUUACUGAACAAAACAGUCAUCUGGUGUAUUUAUUAUUGGGAGGAAGCUUGGAUAAAUUUGCUGUCGAUGCCAACACCGGUGAAAUACGAGUGAUACAUGACCUUACCUCAGAACCAUAUCGGCAUAUAUAUCUCCUCAAGAUCCAAGUAGUGGAUUUUGGUCAACCACAGCUCUCAGAUCAUAGUAUCGCUACUAUAACAGUUCCUAUCAAUAAGGCCCCCGUCAUACCAAGACAAUUUGUAUUUAGAGUGAAUGAAUCUUUCCCGGUAUGGUCUAUCGUGGGACAAAUUACAGUGAAUGAUCCUGAUAAUGGAAGGCUACUAUAUGACAUGUCCGUAAAUGAUGAUACAUUGCCAUUCUACAUGGAAAAUAAUGACGGGUUUAUCAGACUUGCUUCCAAAUUGGAUACAGAAGUCAGAGAUAUCUAUUCGUUUCCGGUUGAUAUAGUGAAUCUAGGACAACCAAACUUAACCUUUACAACUACAGUUAUAGUUUAUAUUGAUGAUGUUAAUGAUGAGAAGCCACAGUUCUCAAGUUGGUUUUAUACCUCAGAAGUUCAUGAAACAUCUUCUGCGUCUGCUCCACAUACAGAACCUUUGAAACUGUCUCCAGAUCUGAGUGUAACAGAUGAAGAUGCUAAAGAUGGAGAUCAUCUGUUGUAUAAUUUACGUGGUCAUGGUGCUGAAGACUUCCAGAUAGACCAGAGAACAGGGGAAAUAACUACAAAUAGAUCAGCAGAUAUUGAUUGUGAGAGGCAGUGUGAAUAUUUCGUACAAAUUGUUGCCAGAGAUGAAAAUGGAAAAGGCUUAGAGGGAACAGCAGAGUUGAAUAUUAAAAUCAUUGAUGAAAACGACAAUGCACCGAGUAUAGAAAACGAUAAUUUAACAUUUGUAAUUCAACCUUCACUAUAUGUGGGUUCGACGCUGGCACAAAUAAAAGCUGAAGAUGCUGAUAUUAGUGAUGUCAAUCGACUACUGACCUACACUCUUAUUGAUGGCGGUGAUGGAAAGUUCUUUGUUCAUCCCAGCACAGGUGAAUUGACUUUAUCAACCAGUCUGCUACAAGAACCAGUUAGACAGGAGUAUGAUAUGAUUAUUAUGGUAACCGACUCUGGGCAACCACCAUUGUCAGCUUCAGUAAUGGUAACUGUAUAUGUACCAGUUAAUAUUCCAACUACUGUCAUACCAGUCGUUACUAUAGCUGUACCUGAAGACAGAGUUAUAGACGAUAUUAUUUUUAGUUUCGGUGAUACCAAUGAUACAGAUAAGAAUAUAACGUAUAUAUUGGACUCAGAAAGCAACGAGUUUCUACUCGACGAAGUAACAGGAGAUUUGACAAUAAACGCUACUCUCGAUGCUGAAGAACAUCAGCUGUAUACAUUGGUAGUUUUUACAAUAGAUCAUGGUGAACCAACCUACACUAUGACAACCACAGUCACUGUCAAUAUACAGGACAUCAAUGACAAUCCACCACGAUUCUCAACACAAUCUUAUCAAGCUUAUGUCUCUGAAAAUAAUAACCCCACUGCUCUUACUACGUUGAAAUUGGUACCUCCACUAGAUGUUAAAGAUCCAGAUAUUGCUGCUGAUGAGACGGGUUUGACAUAUGAGCUACAAGGCAGUGGUUCGGAAAUGUUUACUAUUGUACCUAAUACUGGCGAAGUGUACGUGAAAGAUGGAGUAAUUUUAGACUGUGAGCGAGUCUGUGAUUAUCAGUUUGAGAUCUUAUCAACUGAUGAAAAUGGGACUGGAUUGUCAUCAGCAGCUAUUCUGAACGUGAAAGUUAAAGAUGAAAACGACAACGUUCCCGAAUUUCUGACAAAUUUCACUUUCUCCGCAAAACCAUCAGUUCCCAUUGGUCGCGAGAUUGGAACUGUUCAAGCUGUUGAUAUGGAUACAGAACCUAUAAAUCAUCGAUUAUUAUUUUAUCUCACAGGCCUGGGUGGAUAUGGGAAAUUCCAGAUAGAAGCAGAUACAGGAACCAUUUAUACCACCGAUUCCCUACUUCGUGCACCUGUACUAGAAGAAUAUAAGAUCAAGGUAGUUGCUGUGGAUUUUGGUGCUCCUCAACUAACAGCUGAAACCGAUGUUACUAUCAAAGUACCGGUUCACCCAACACCAGAAGUUCCUGAGCAGUUUGAUUUCAGCAUCAGUGAAAAUAGCUAUCCAGGAUCAUUUGUUGGCAUAAUUCAACUUAAUACAACGGAUCAAGUGUAUUUUACUAUGCAGCAUCCACAUGACAAAUUUCUUGUGGAUUUGGUAUCAGGAACCAUAACAACACGAACAUCAUUAGAUGCAGAAGAAACCGGCAUUUUCACUAUCCCAGUUGUUAUAACGGAGAGAAUGAAUCGUUAUUAUAGUGUGACAACAACAGUAUCUGUAGAGGUUGAAGAUGAGGAUGAUAACUUUCCAAUCUUCUCAUCUGAAGUUUACACUGCAUCAAUUAAGGAAGGAGUAUAUGAUUCUGGUGUCGAAUUGGACUUGAACCCACCAUUUGAAGUUUUAGAUGAUGAUGUUACGGAGAGAAAUCAGCAGUAUGAAAUAAAGAUUCUAGACGAGUUCUCUGAUGUGAUAUCAAAUGUGGAUAAUCAAGCAUUGUUUAUAAACAACUUUACAGUUCUGGACAAGGAAGUGAAUUCCGUACUUCACAUUCCGGUUUACUUAACCAGUGCACAGCACCCCGAUCAGUUAACAGAAGCUAUACUGAAGAUCACCCUGGAUGACAUCAAUGAUAAUCUACCUAUUUUUGAACUUCCAAAUAUAAUAAACGUACGUCCAGAUGCGACAGUUGGUUCAAUACUAGGAAGCGUCAAUGCAAGCGAUAAAGAUGCCACUGAACCAAAUAACCAAAUACUGUAUGAACUGAAAUCUGGCGGAGCAGAUAAAAUUGGUAUAGAUUCCAACACUGGGGAACUGAUAUUAGAAGAACCAUUUACAACAGAACCACUGAAAUCGACAUUUACUCUAAUAGUGGUCGCUAGAGAUUUAGGUUAUCCAUCUCUCACAGCUAGAACGUCCGUGGUAAUGAAUGUUCCAUUAAACCAACCUCCUGUUGUACCCGAAAGUGUUGAAUUUGAUAUUGAAGAAAAUGUUCCUUUGGGAAGCAUACUUUCAUCUUUGAAUAUUACUGAUGAAGACAGCUUCCACAAUUUAGUCAUCAAAAUAACCGACACUGGUGUUCCAUUUAUGCUAGAAGACCAAAAGCUGCUAACCACUGAUGUAUUAAAUGCUGAAGAACAGAUGACGUACCAAUUUAAGAUCGUGACAGAAGAUGGAGGAAUUCCUAGUUAUACCAUGACUACCGUGGUCAAUGUUAAUAUUUUAGACAUCAAUGACAAUGUUCCAGUUUUCACUUCUCCUAAAUAUUCUGGAAAGAUAAGAGAACAUGGAACUAACAGUCAUGUGGAGAUUACACCAGCUAUUAAUGUCAUAGAUUCAGAUGCUCUCAGUAGGAAGAAUGAUUUAAAGUAUUCUCUUCAAGGUGAUCAUGAUCAUCAAUUUACUAUCGAUCCAGUGUCUGGUCAUGUUACUGCUAUACAACCAACUAAACUGGAUUGUGAAAUAAAAUGUGUUUACCAGAUGCAGAUUCAAGUAACAGACGAAAAUGGCGAAGGGUUUCAGUCAUCUGUACCGCUGAUAGUAAGUUUGGAAGACAUCAACGAUGAAGCUCCAACAUUUGAUUUCCUAUACUCCGUGUAUAUUAACAUCUCGACAUCAACUGGAAAAGAAGUUGUUCAAGUGAAAGCAGUAGAUAAAGAUAGAGAACAUCCCAAUAACCAUAUAAUUUAUCUGAUGGAAGAUGGUCAAGGCAAAUUUAGUAUUGAUCCGAAUACUGGUCAGAUAUGGUUGAGCCAUUCACUAAUGGAAGGAGGGGUUAAAGAUCGGUAUGUUCUGACUGUAACAGCUAUAGACUCUGGUACACCAAUACAAUCAGGUCUGACAGAUGUUACUAUUAAUAUCGUUAAGAACUCUCGACCCAAUGUUGAUAGUUCUUAUAGGUUUGUGAUCCAAGAAAAUCGAUAUGAGGGUUUUUAUGUUGGAAGAGUCGAAGCUGUAGAUGAAGAUUCAGAACUUACAUAUCUUAUUAAUGAUACAACAGUUCCUUUUAAAAUCGACCAAAUAUCUGGAGAAAUAUUUACUACUAAACGAAUAGAUCGUGAAAAGGUUGAGGAGUUUCAAUUUAAAGUUUUUGUAGUUGAUAAUGGUGUACCUAGGUAUACAGUGACCACUGCAGUAACAGUGACAAUAGAAGACGUUAAUGACGAACCUCCCAGGUUCCAGAAUGGCGAUUAUACCGUCCAUGUACAAGAAAACCAAAUUAUGGAACAUUUGCCAUUAGUACCCAACAUAACUGACGAUGAUGCAACUGAAGGAAAUAGACAGUAUAGUUUCUCAAUGGAUGACCAAAACAGUGAGUUUGCUGUCAAUGAAAAAAGUGGGUUGAUCUCAUUGAAAGUACCAAGAAUGUUUGAUUGUGAGAAAGACAGAAGUUACAGAUUUGACCUUUUAGCAAUUGAUGAUGAUGGUUUAAUCUCGAGGCAAACAGUUACAUUGGUUAUAGAUGAUGUAAAUGAUGAAGCUCCCGUGGUGACUGGCGGAUUCAAUUUCACUGUACAUCCUUCCGCUGCAAUAGGAGAAAAUGUUGGGGAAAUUAUUGCCAGUGAUUUUGAUUGCUCUGAGAAGAAUCAAAGACUCAUGUACAGUAUAAAAAAUGGUGGUCUCAGUAAAUUCAGCAUUGAUUCUAAUACAGGUAAUAUAUCAGUAAUUGAUUCAUUGGUGACUCCUCCAUACCAAGAUGAAUAUGACCUAAAAGUGGAAGUCCUAGAUUCGGGAACACCUCGACUAUCAACAGAAGUAACUGUUACGGUCCAUGUACCAAUGAAUAAAGCUGCAGUUAUUCCACAAGUUGAACAUAUACAAAUGAAAGAAAAUGCUAUACCACCAGCUAUUAUUGGUAAAAUAUCGACAAAUGAUUCUGAUGACCAAGAAAUAUCCACUGGUCAAAUUCAAUUCCUCUUGAAAAAUGAUUCUGUUCCUUUUGAUGUGGAAAGAAUGACUGGUUUUAUCUCCGUGUUAACUGAAUUAGACAGUGAAUCAGUAGACCAGUUUCAGUUUGUUGUGGAGGUGGUGAAGCAGGGUUAUCCUAUAUUGACCUCGUCAUGUUCAGUAAUAGUAGAAAUUAUUGACACUAAUGAUAACUAUCCUGUAUUUAAUUCACCUGAUGGAUAUACCGGUUUUGUUGAUGAGGAUACAGAAUUUAAUGACCCAACAACAUUUAUUCAGUUAAAUCCACCAAUAUAUGUAAGUGAUGAAGAUGCUACAUUAGAAAAUAGAGAUAUAAAAUUACGAUUAAUUGGGAGUGUCGUAUUUGACAUUGAUGAUACUGGAACUGGUCUUAAAGUUAUAAAACCGGGAUCUUUAAACGCCGAAGAUACACCAGUAUAUACUUUAUUGUUAGAAGCACGAGAUAAAGGUGGAAAAGGUCUCUUAACGACAACCAAUGUUACCAUCUACGUAAAGGAUGUUAAUGAUCAAGCUCCAAUAUUUGACCCUAUAGAAAACAUCAGCUUAUCGUAUUUGACUCCCAUUGGUACUAAAGUUGGUGUAGUAACUGCAACAGAUCCCGAUUACUCUGAACAGAACAAUAAGAUAACUUACGUGAUGAGAGAAGGCGGACACGGGAAAUUUGAUAUAGAUCCCGAUUCAGGUGAUGUUAUAGUUGCUGGUAAUUUAGCCAAUGAACCAUGUUUAGACGUCUACACUCUUUCAAUACUGGCAAUAGACAAUGGUUUCCCAAGACGAUCUACCAACAGUUCCCUUCAUAUUAAAGUACCUACCAACAAACCACCAAGAAUAGACCCGAUUAUAAAAAUAACAGUAUUAGAAAAUGAAUUCCCAGAAACCAAUGUAGCCCAAAUCAAUAUUGAAGAUCCAGAUCUUAUUGCCAAUAAAGAAGAAUCCAUAGAGUUUUACAUGGAUGACGUUGGGGCACCAUUUGAACUCGACAAAUACAGUGGAAUGCUGAGAACAAAUGGACCAAUAGAUAGGGAAAUGGUAGAACAUAUGACCUUCAUGGUACGGGUAGUAAAUGAUGGUGCACCACGGUAUACAGCCUCGUCUAUGGUUACAGUAUCUGUCAAUGAUACCAAUGAUAAUCCACCUGUCUUCUCAUCUCCUACUGGUUACCUGGCUUUAAUACCAGAAAAUUUUUCACAGAUGACGCCAGGAUUCAGUGUUCCAUUGAAUACGGAGUUCAGUGUUAGUGAUGACGACAUGACAGAAGACAAUAGAAAUAUUCAGUUAAAACUGGUAGGAAAGGGUGCUGAUUUGUUUGAACUAGACCAAGAAUCUGGAAUGUUGAAGUUAAGACAACCAUCAGCAUUGGAUUGUGAGAUAACAUGUCGCUACGAAUUCAAGUUAACAGCAACUGAUCAAAAUGGACAUGGUCUUUCAACGUCUACCAACUUAACUGUAGAGUUAAUAGAUGAAAAUGAUCAUUCUCCACGAUUCCUAGAUAACUAUACAUUUACUAUCAGUUCAUUGACAACUAAACUUGGUUACAUUGGUAAAGUAGCAGCUGUUGAUGAUGAUGCUACCAUCCAAAAUAAUCAGAUCACUUACCUCUACAAAUCUGGUGGUUUUGGGAAGUUCUUUGUUGAUUCUGAGACAGGCUAUCGAGUGAUCUCAGUAACUAAACAUUUAGUGACACGUACAUAA